GCAGCUGCCGACCGACAACCAGCCUCCUCUGCGGGACAACAAAGGAGGUGCCAGGCUCACAUCACGACUCCAGUCAGCACAACUCAACAUCUGAAUCGUGCCUGAGAAGAAAUCUUGAAUAUUCACUCAAUCUUAAGAAUUUGAGUGGACAACAUGGAGGAACACUUUGAUGAGAGAGAUAAAGUGCAACGCAGCAGCCGAAGUGCAGGGCGGGCGAACGGGCUUCUCAGUCCCACUCACAGCGCCCACUGCAGCCUGUACCGGACACGCACCUUGAAAGCUCUGAGCUCGGAGAAGAAGGCAAAGAAAGUGCGAUUUUACCGCAAUGGUGACAGGUACUUCAAUGGCAUAGUGUAUGCCAUUUCAUCGGACCGAAUAAGAACCUUUGACGCUUUACUGGUCGACCUCACCCGAACCCUCUCUGAUAACGUCAACCUGCCCCAAGGGGUCCGAAUCAUCUACACAAUCGAUGGCUCUAAAAAAAUCACCAGUGUAGAUCAGCUGAUGGAAGGUGAGAGUUAUGUGUGUGGCUCCACCGAAGCCUUUAAAAAGCUUGACUACUCUAAUAACGUCAACCCUAACUGGUCUGUGAAUGUGAGGGCCUUGGGCUCCAGCAAGUGUCCCACGUCUCUAGCCAGCUCGAAAUCAGAGCCGCAGUCCAAAGAGGGCAAAGACUUCAUCAGACCCAAACUGGUCACCGUCAUCCGCAGUGGGGUGAAGCCACGGAAGGCAGUUCGCAUCCUACUCAACAAGAAGACAGCCCACUCCUUUGAGCAAGUUCUGACUGACAUUACAGAUGCUAUAAAGCUCGAUUCUGGUGUUGUCAAGAGGAUCUACACCCUUGAGGGAAAGCAAGUCAUAUGCCUUCAAGAUUUCUUUGGAGAGGAGGACAUCUUCAUCGCAUGUGGCCCGGAGAAGUUCCGUUACCAGGAUGACUUCAUGUUGGAUGAAAGCGAGUGCCGAGUGAUGAAAUCAACAUCCUAUGGGAAGAUGGGGUCUUUAAACAGAAGCUCUCCUAGAAGUAUCACCCUUUCCAGACACAGCAAGUCUCCUUCUGGAUCAGUGAAUGGGACCCUAGCCAGUCAACUGUCUACACCCCAUUCUGCAAAAUCACCCAGUCCAUCUCCCACCAGCCCAGGGAGCUUGAAGAAACGCAGGGGAUCCCAGAACAGCGGUUCUUCUCUGUCUCUGACCUCUACCAAAGUCUGCAGUAUGGAUGAAGAGGAAGGGCCUGUGAGUGAUGCUGAGCCCUUGGAGGAAACACCGAUACCCACAGUCCCGAGCUCCAUUUCAGAUCGGUACAAAGUGGGCCGAAUGAUCGGAGACGGGAACUUUGCGGUGGUCCACGAGUGUGUGGAGCACUCGACUGGCAGGGCGUAUGCUCUGAAGAUCAUCAACAAGGGCAAAUGCAGAGGAAAGGAGCAUAUGAUCCAGAAUGAGGUAGCUAUCCUCAGAAGAGUGAAACACCCAAACAUUGUGUUGUUGAUUGAGGAAAUGGACACUUACAGUGAACUCUACCUGGUCAUGGAGCUUGUUAAGGGAGGAGAUCUUUUUGAUGCCAUCACCUCUGCCAACAGAUACACUGAGCGGGAUGCCAGCAGCAUGCUGUACAACCUGGCCAAUGCUAUCAAGUACUUACACAGCCUUAACAUCGUCCACAGGGACAUCAAGCCGGAGAACCUUUUGGUGUAUGAGCAUCAAGACGGAAGCAAAUCCCUGAAGCUGGGCGACUUUGGCCUGGCCACCGUGGUAGACGGACCUCUGUACACUGUCUGUGGAACACCCACAUAUGUAGCACCAGAGAUUAUCGCAGAGACCGGGUAUGGCCUUAAGGUAGAUAUCUGGGCUGCGGGAGUCAUCACAUAUAUUCUUCUCUGUGGCUUUCCUCCAUUUCGUGGGAGCACUGAUGAUCAAGAAGCUCUGUUUGACCAGAUCCUGCUGGGACAGUUAGAAUUCCCUCUUCCGUACUGGGACAAUGUAUCAGACUCAGCCAAAGAGCUGAUAGUGUCUAUGCUGCAAGUGGAAGUGGAUCAGAGAUACACAGCGCUGCAGGUGUUGGAACAUCCCUGGGUCACUAAUGACGGUCUUUCAGAAAAUGAGCACCAGCUGUCAGUGGCGGGAAAGAUCAAGAAGCACUUUAACACUGGGCCAAAGCCCAGCAACAACACCUCGGGAAUGUCUGUGAUGACGCUCGACCAUGACUUUUCCAUCCAGAGAUCAGGGUCGUUGGAUUUCUGUCAGAACCCGAGCAUGUUCUGGAUAAGACCACCGCUCUUGAUAAGGAGAGGCAGAUUCUCCGACGAGGAUGCCACCAGAAUGUGAGCGCAGCUCCCUGGACCACCCAGCCAACCUGUAGCCUCCACAUCUCAGCCUUUACUCCCGGUCUGCACCUCGACCCCGUCCCAACCUACCAGCGGACUUCCUGCGCAAGGCCCCAGUCCAUGUCCCUCCACCACCACCAACACCACGCCCGAGUCUGAAGACUUUUCCGCCUGCUCCUCGGAGACUGUUCACUCCCUCUUCUCCCCUUUCUA